AAAACCUGACUAAACUAUGUGCAAUAUUGAAAAUGACAAACAUUAUUCGAAAAGAUUAAGGUCUCUCCUCAAUUCAAUCUACGUCAAACAUGCAUGCUUCAAUAUAAAAUGCAUGACAUUGCUUACCUUUAACAUUCAAAUCUUGUUGAUUGCAAAAGUCUUAAUCAUGUGCUACUCAGGCAAAUGCGAAGCAGCUUCACCAGGUGAUCUUUCCAACAGAGGAGAUAGAAAUGAUUAUAACAAUAGUGGUAGAACAGGAGGAAGGAGGUUUCUGAAUGAAUUUCUGGGGUGGUUGCAGAAAAUUAAGGUGAAGGAGGAGCUAACAUCAUUGGGGAAAAUUACAUUCCCGUUAGUAAUUUCUGGUCUGAUUUUCUUCUCCAAGUCCUUAAUCUCCAUGUUCUUUUUGGGACAUCUUGGAAACAUUGAGUUAGCAGGAGGCUCACUGGCAAUGGGAUUUGCAAACAUCACAGGCUACUCCGUAAUGAAGGGCCUGGCUAUGGGGAUGGAACCUAUAUGUUGCCAAGCUUUUGGAGCCAAAAAAUGUACAGUUCUCAGCCAAACUUUUAAGCAGACCUUCUGCCUCCUAUUACUUGGAGCCAUACCAAUCACACUAUUAUGGCUGAAUAUGGAGCCCAUCCUUCUGUCAAUUGGUCAGGAUAAGACCAUAACAUCAGUGGCAAAGAUAUUUCUCACGUACUCUAUUCCUGAAUUGCUUGCCCAAGCUCUCCUCAAUCCUUUAAGAAUUUUCUUAAGAGCCCAAAGUCUAAACCUACCCUUCACUCUCUCUGCUACUUUUGCAAUGAUUCUCCACCUUCCAAUCAACUACUUCCUGGUAAUAUAUUUGGAUUUGGGGGUUAGAGGAGUUGCUCUUGCCACCGCUUGCAACACAUUAAACAUAAAUUUAGCUUUGCUAGUAUAUCUCUACUUUACACAAACAGCAAUAAAACCUUGGGUAGGUCAAGUGGUAACCAAAUGCUAUCUAGAUUGGCUCCCACUGAUGUCACUCAUGGCUCCAAGUGUGUUAUCUGUAUGUUUAGAGUGGUGGUGGUAUGAGAUAAUGGUCCUACUUUGUGGCUUAACUAAUAAUCCAGAGACAAGUAUCGCGGCAGUGGGAAUUCUCAUACAAAUAACAGGACUUUUAUACGUUUUCCCUCAUUCUCUAAGCUCAACUUUGUCAAUGCGUGUUGGGCAAGAGUUGGGGGCUGAAUCUCCUGCACAGGCACGACAAACAGCCAUUAUAGGACUUAUUAUAGCAAUGGUAUGUGGACUUCUAGCUUUCACUUUCACAAUUGCAGUAAAGGAUGUGUGGGGAAAGUUAUAUACAUGCGAGCCUCAGGUCAUUGCAUUGACAUCAGUCGUCCUACCUGUAUUAGGAUUUUGUGAGCUUGGAAACUAUACUCAGACAGCAGCAUGUGGAAUCCUAGUCGGUUCUGCUAGGCCUAACGUGGGUGCUUGUAUAAAUUUUUGUUCGUUCUACCUUGUUGGUUUGCCUGUUGCUGCUUAUGCAGCUUUUGAAUUAAACAAGGGUGUUCUUGGGUUGUGGUUUGGGCUUGCUGCAGCACAAGCUACAUGUAUGUGUAUGAUGAUUUGCACUGUAGUUUUCACUGAUUGGAAGCACCAAGCUAAGAGGGCCAUGGAGCUGACUCAAGCCACAGAAGACCACAAAAAUGAUUUGGAAGCCAAUCUUCUAACUUGA